AAAAACAAAAAAAAUAACAACAAACCAGAUUCUUUAAUGACGAAGACGAAAACAAGUUUUUAGUUACUUUGUUAUUCAUAUCAUUGAAUGCCAACGAAUGAUCGUUAAUCGAAAGUUCAUCAGGAUCCUUCAACGACGUUAUUAAUAAAAAUAUGUUAAAAAUGAAAUAAAAUUUCUAACAAGCAUAAAAAAUAAAUAAACUUACAAAGUUUUAGUUUCACGACAUUAUCAAUUAUCAUUAGAUUCAUUUUCGUGUUGCGAAAUAUGCGACUGUUCAUCAUCAUGCUGAUGAUAUCGUCAGCAUUAUCAACACAAAAAUACUUUAAUCAUUCAUGUUCGUUGGAUAAACCACAAAUUGAUUCCACAUUUCCAACGGUAAGCCUCGAAUCACUUGAGCUUCAAGUAACUCAUCGCAUCACACAUCAACUUGUUACGAGGGUUUUCGCCAUCUUCUUAAGAGAAAUCUUAGAUUUUGAAUUUAUUGAAAUCAGUGAAAGUUUAGAUGGAAUAGUUUCCCUUUCAACGGAAGAUAAAGUCAUUGAAUAUGCAACGUUAAUGGAACUUAAUCGAGAUUCAAAUCCUGCCAUUAACCUAGAAGUUUGGAUAACGCCUGACGCACAUUUAAAGUUUCCUGAUCGUGUUCGUCAAGGUGGAUCAUUGAGUGAUGAUCUGACACGUUAUGGACUUUUCAUUCAAAAGUCAUUUGCAACAAGAGAAUAUUCUUACAAGGAUUUCAUUGCCAGCAAUCCAACAUACAAUGAGAUAAUAAAAGAUUUUAGAAUUGAUGAGAACACAAUCAUCAAAUAUGUCGAUAAAAAUAACGAACAUCGAGGAGUUUUCCGUCCACCUCAAUGCUUCUCUGCAACUGAACCAUGUGUUGCUGUUCUCACUUCACAUUAUCAUGACUUAAAAUUCUUCAUUAAUCACGUUAAGAAAUUCAAACUUAAGAUGAACAUUUUCUUCAUGGGUGAUCGCUUAAGUGAAACCAUUCGUCUGUUAAAUUCACUUGUAACCGCAAAUAAUUUAAAGAAAAAGAAUUUUUCCGAUAAAUUUCUUGUGCUUCAUUGGACACCAUCGGAGAUCAUCAGCGGCUCAAUGAUUUACCAUCCACUAACCAUGCCAAAUUGUGAACUGUACAAAAAUGAUUCUUACAGCUGUCGCUACGACAUCAUUCCUGUGUCGGUUUAUUUUAACGAUAAAGUUGAAGAGUCAGACGAUCUUAUGGACAUAAUAAAAAGAUUGAAAUUUCCUUCAUUAAAGUCGAUGAUACAAUUAUAUGAAACUGUCUUGCCGAAAAUUGAAAGACUUUACUUAAAGCAUCGUGCACAUGAGGAAACCACAGAAACUGUUGGAGAUUAUUAUAAUGAAAUCGCUUGUAAAUGGCUUCAAAUGAAUAAGAAUAUUUACAAUUUAGAUCAUAAAGACUCGUGGAUUAGAAAGUUAGAUGAUCGAAGAGAAAUCUCAAUUGGUGGAAUCUUUCCUGAACCUAAAACUGGUCGUGAAUAUGAUGGAAUUCCAGCCGUUAUCAACAUUGCCAAAGAAAUCAUAAACAACAACAUGAACAUCUUGCCUGGCUAUAAAUUAGAAGUUAAAAUUGCCAAUUCAGAGUGCAAACCUGAUCUUGUUUUAAGGCAUUUCAUUAAUUAUUAUUCACAUCGAAAGCAUCUUGUUGGAGUUCUUGGUCCAUCAUGUAGCGAAGCUGUUGAACCAAUUGCCGGCAUCUCAAAACAUUUUAAAAUGAGUGUUAUUACAUAUUCAGCUGAAGGAAUCUCAUUUGACGACCGCAAAGAAUUCCCGCACUUCUUUCGAACGAUUGGCGAGACAAAAAUGUAUGAAGAUGUUUAUGCAAAACUUCUCAUUGAAAUGAAUUGGAAACGUUUAGCCGCAUUAACAGAAGAUGGAAUGAAAUAUACUCAAUACAUAACUAACAUGGAUGCAAAAUUGAAAGAGAAAAAUAUUCAUUUAAUCGUGAAUCAGAAAUUUCCUCGAGCAUCAUCGCAAGAGAGUCAAUUGAAAAGCUUUAAAACUUAUCUCAAAGGCCUUCGAGACAAUUACCGCGCCAAAAUUAUUAUCGCCGAUGUGCACGAUCACACUCUCAUAUCGCUGAUUAUGUGCGCGGCAAGUAAAUUACAGAUGACAGCAAAGACUGGAUAUGUUUGGUUCUUACCGGUUUAUGUUUCGAUGAAAAUUAACGACACGGGUUUACAACAGUUCAAUAAAUCAUGCACAGAGAGUGAAAUAAGAAGCGCAAUGGAUGGACAUUUAUCAUUAAGUUAUUCUGCAUUUGGUAAUGACGAUGACUUGAUCGAAGGAAACCAAACGAUAAAAGAGUGGAAAGAGAAAUAUUUGGAGGAAAGCAACAUGAAUCGAACUUAUUAUUCUGACUAUGCUGGCUACACUUACGAUGCAAUUUGGGUUUAUGUGAAAGCAUUGCAACAAUUGAUCAAAGAAGAUUCACCACGACAUCGGUACAUGAGAAAUCUUCACAGCGAUGAGACAAUGGAAAAGAUUUCCGAUUUAAUCAGUGAAAUGAAUUUUCAAGGCGUCUCUGGAAGAGUUCAGUUCAGUCGAGGCGGUUCACGAUUUGUCGACAUUAACAUUCUUCAAUGGCAGAAAAAUGAUUUUGUAUUGAUCGGAACUUACAAGCCAAAAAUCUCAAAUCGAACAGCAAUCGGUGGUGAUUUAAUAAUAAAUGGAAAACUUUGGUGGGCGAGUGGUGAAAAGCCAACAGAUGGAACUGAAAGUUGUACAUUAAAAGGAAUCGCCGAUGCAUUCAAUGUUGAUUGUCACACAAUUUCGACAUUUUUGAUUAUGACUUUCUGUGUCGUUGUUGUUCUCGCUUGUUCCGCAUCAAGUUUCUUGUUCUGGAAGCGAAGAUAUGAUAAGAAACUUAUCGAAAAUUCUCAAAUAAUGGCAAACUAUGGAAUGGUAGUAAAUGGUGUCGAACUUACGAAAUGGGAAGUUCCACGUGCUAAUAUCGUAAUCAACAGAAAACUAGGCGAAGGUGCUUUUGGCACAGUUUAUGGUGGUGAAGCUUUAAUUAAUGAAGAUGAUGAUGGAUGGACGGCAGUUGCUAUAAAAACACUCAAAUUAGGAUCAAAUGCUGAGAAUCGUUUGGAUUUCCUUGCAGAAUCAGAAACAAUGAAACGAUUUGAUCACAAAAAUAUUGUGAAGCUUUUAGGUGUUUGUCUUCAAACUGAGCCACUUUACAGCAUCAUGGAGUUCAUGUUGUAUGGUGAUUUGAAAACUUAUCUCCUUGCUCGACGUCAUUUAGUGAAUGAUAAAAUUAAUGACGAUUCUGAUGUCUGCCCGAAACGUUUAACUCUGAUGGCUUUAGACGUUGCACGUGGUCUUUCAUAUUUAGCUUCAAUGAGUUAUGUACAUCGUGAUAUUGCUUGCCGUAAUUGUAUGAUAAAUGCACAGCGAAUUGUUAAAAUUGGUGAUUUUGGAAUGGCGCGAUCAACUUUUCAAAGCGAUUAUUACAGAUUUGCAAGAAAAGGAAUGUUACCAGUCAGAUGGAUGGCACCUGAGUCAAUAGACGGUGGAAGAUUCUCACACGCAUCGGAUAUUUGGUCUUAUGGUGUUCUCUUGUUUGAGAUUGUUACGCUUGGAGUGUUUCCUUUUGCUGAUAUGAACAACAACGAAGUGUUUGAACAUGUGAAAGCGGGCAACAGCAUAAAAAUUCCGCAUACUUGUAAACCACAUUUAAAAGCUUUAAUGUCAUCAUGUUUCAACAUGGAUCCAGAUAAACGUCCCGACGCGUCAGAAAUUGUUGAAUUUAUUUCGAAAAGUCCAAGAAUGUUGACACCAUGUAUGGAUGUUCCUAAACCAUCCCUUAAGAACCAAGUGAAUUUGAUUGAUGGCGACAACAGUCAGAUUGAGACAUUUGAGUCUUUCAAUGAUAAUCGCGAUCGUUCUCAUACACCUGCUACAACUGUAGAUAUUCUCAGGCCUUCUGUAUCAUCAUCUGCCCUCCAGAAUCAUUCAAAUCAUUUCAUAAGUCAAUCAGAUAAUCAUGAAUACAUUGACAUGAAAAUACCUAAAAAACUUAACGGUUCAUAUCUUAGUGAUGUAAGUCCAGACUUAACUGCAACCUUGCCCAACGGCAACUACAACCCGGUUGAGCCACUUUUAGUGACCCGCCCAGAAAUAUCGAAAAGCAAUUUAAGUUUGAUGAAGUACAUGCCAAUGUGUGGUUUCGGUAAAAACAGCAACCGAUCUUCACCAGAUGAAUGCACCAGUGCACUUUGAGGAAAUGAGAAGUUUUGUGUUCCAAGAAAGGCAAAAAGCUUUAUUUUCUUUUAUUGAUGAAUUCAAAUUAUAACUAUGAAUGAAAAAAUUAUUACCUGGAAGUCGUUUGAGAUAAAAUAGAAUAUUAACGACUUGAAGGUAGUUUUUUUUUAUUAAGAAAAGGAAGCAAUGGCUUAUAAAAUUGACGUCGCGACAGAAGUAAUAGUUUUGUCACCUACCACUAGGAAAUAGUAAUGGCAAUGGUUUGUCGAAAACGACGACGUUAAUUUUACGUUGCAAACAUGCUUUAUUAAAUUAAAGAAUUCUCGUUAAACUCUCAUACAUUUAACUAUCCUAAUAACUAUUGUCGGAAAGUGAAGAUAUUUAUGAAAGCAUUUAAAUUAUUUAUUUUCUUAUUUUUUCAUCUUCUCUUUUUAUGAAAAUGAUUUUCUGCUCAAGUUAUGGUUAUGUAUUUAAAAUUACUACAAAUCUAAGUGAAUGAAUGAAAACACACACCAAAAUAAUUAAAAGUUUUCGGUUUUAAAAAAUAUUCUCAUGCCAAUGUGCCUUUGGAAAACUACUAUAAGAAGUUAGAUACUAGGGGUGUUCACUAAACACGCUUUCAAGUUGCUUUGUUAAUUGCAUACUCUACUAGAAACUAAAAAAAGCAAUACCAAAAAGACUGGAAUUAAAUUUAUGAUAAAAUGAAAACGAUACGUGUACAUACAUACAUUUUAGUAAAUUAUAUAUCUGCUGAUACAAAUAUAUUUUUCACAUUUUCCUCCAGACAGGAAAAUCAACUUAUAAAUAAAACAUCUAUCAAUUACGCAAUCUGAAUUUUGUUAUCUGUUGUAUUAUAUUGUUUUUAAAAAUUGUCAAUAAUGCCACAAGGUACAAUGAAUGCAAAAUUAUGUUCAAUAAAAAGUGCAAAGU